AUGGAUAAAUUUGUGUUUAUAUCCAAACGUUGUAAUCGUUGUUCGACUUUUUUGUUGCAUGAUUGCUCAUCAAGCUCUUAUUUCGCCAACCCAUACAACACUUUACGGACCGUUUCUGCAACUGCGCAAACAGACGUGGUGAAAGAGAAUUCACGAGCCGGCUCAUUAACACGUUUACAAAAACUUUCAAACGAUUCAGUGCAACAUACUCGUCGGACUAAAAGCGUCGUUGCUCCUUUAACAAAGGACUGA